AUGUUGAGCGAAAAGAAAGACAAAGAUUUUUUAAGCCAAUUUAUAGCCAAAAAAGAUGUGCCCUCCUGGUUUCGCGGCACAUCUCCAUUCCAAAUUGAAGCAGCCGAUCAGCUUUCUACCUCGAUACGAGAUGAUAUUGAACAGGAAACAUGCCAUCGGGUGUGUCAUUGCUUAACCCGGCUCGGUUUGGUGCCAAGUGUGCCCCAUAGGGACUUAAAAAUUCUCAUGAAGCUGAGUGGUGGUAAUGAUUUAGCCUUUUUAUGGUUUCUCAUGGAGCUAUAUUACAAGACACCAGGAGACAAAUAUAACAGCCUCAAUGAACAAGUAAUACUCUCGUCGAUAGCGCAUCUUGAUAUGGUAACAACAUUGCGUGAAUUGGAUCGUAUUUUACCGCCGGGUCAUGCGUCGAAGCGACAAUUGGAACAGCGACGGAAGCGGCUACAAAGAAAUAAAAGUUGGCACAUGCUACCGCAUGAGAACCCUAAGAAGCAAUCGUCUUCGCCCUACUUUGAUCGAUUAGAACGGCCAGUGCCAUAUGGUAAACCGCUGGAUCUAGAAAGACCAGAUUAUAAGGUACGAUUCUUUCGUUAUGACAUCUAUAAGGACCCAAAUUAUAUGCCGCCAAAUGAGCAGAAUCGUUGGUAUGCUAACUAUUUUUUGAAUAAAGCCAAACGUAUUUCGACAAAAACAGUACGCGAUUACCUCAAUGAACUUAUGGAAGUUAUCGGCCUUCUUCCGUCUACCAUAGAGGAUGCUACUACCUUUAUAGAUUUGGCAUUAGAGGGGAUGACAGACUUAAAACAUGGCAGAACUUUAUGUAAGAAGCAUGAAUUAGAAGAGGAAGAACGUCGUUUUAGGCGUGAGCAGCAGGCUGUAGAACAUCGGCAAAAAUGCUUAAAAAGUCUGGAAAUUUUCCCUAAACAAAAACAGGCACGCCUUGAAAAAAUACACACGAUGCUAGAGAAUAACGUCGCAAUGUACCGUCUACAAUAUCGACAUAAACUACGAGAUCAUUUGGGCGAUCGCACUUACAUACGUUUACUUGGAAAAGAUGAUUAUAGCGAGUACUUAAUCGACGAUGAUAAAGGGGGAGAAUGUAUCGAAAUGCACCCAUGUAAAAAAUCAGCUUCUACUGCAACGUUGAAACGUUUUCAAGAUGAAAGUGCAAACAUUUCAAUGCAUUCGAAUGAAUUUAAAUCGCUUUACAACGCAGCAAAGUUGUAUCCUAAAAAUCAUCGCCCAUCAUUUGGCCAAACCGAACAUGAAUUCAAUAAUUUAUACUAUGGGAAUCUGGAGACGCCGCCAUCAUCGCAGCAUGAAAGUGCAAACAUUUCAAUGCAUUCGAAUGAAUUUAAAUCGCUUUACAACGCAGCAAAGUUGUAUCCUAAAAAUCAUCGCCCAUCAUUUGGCCAAACCGAACAUGAAUUCAAUAAUUUAUACUAUGGAAAUCUGGAGACGCCGCCAUCAUCGCAGCGUUAUUUUGUAGCACCAACCAAAGACAAACCGUACCAUUUUGAUUACCUAAAAAUUUUUCAUUACAAAGAUAAGGAAGAUGAGCGAACAUUUAUUAAGGAAAAAUGCGUUGAUGCGCUGGACGAAACACCAAAACAUGUACCUAAGAUGGUAGAUUUUACGCCAGAUUUGGGUAAAUUAUCAAAGAAAUGUGCCGAUGAAAUAUGGCAAGAAAAACUCAAAGAAUGGAACGUAGCAUCUGAAGCGAGUAAGUCCACUGAAUUACCACGAGGUGUCACCGAUCCCUAUCCGGCGGAUAUGCCGCGCUUACCAUUCUAUGAUUGUGAAGAUAAAAAACUAAUGGACGAUAUGUUAAGAAUUGCUUUGCAUGAAAUGAGCAAACAUCCAAAAUUCGUAUUAGCAUCUCUGCCAAAUGCUCACAAGCUUCCAUUGCUACGCGAAUGGAUAUAUCAACGUUACGGCAAGCGAUACACACAUGCACAGCGUGUUGCCGAGUUAAAUGAUUCAAUAAAAAUAAUGAAUACUCUGCUGAAAUUAAAAUUGCAAACAUUACUGCCGGAACCAACUGUAAUCGGAGCAAAGUUUAAUCAAAAUUAUGGUUGUCACAAGUACAUUAUGAAAAAGGUAAAUAUAGCCAGAAAACGUUAUUAUAAUCGCGUAAACACAGAUCUUAUGAGGAAAACGCGCUAUUUUUGGUUUGCGAUGCGUAGUUUUCUGUGCAUGUUACCAGUUCGUGCAACAUUCUAUGCAUAUAUGCCAUCACGAAAAAUCGACAACUUUCUCUUUAAACCAUGGAGAGUGAAACAAU